AUGUCAAGCAUGGCCGACACUCAAAGUCAGCGCGGCAACUCCUACAACCGCGGUGGUCAGGCCAUGGGCGGUCGUGGUCCAGGCUACUUGGCUCGCAACACCAACACCAACUAUCACAGCGGUUACGGUACGCAGCAAGACCACACGGCUGCCAACAUGGCGGCAUUGACUCAUGGUCUCCAAGGCAUGAAUCUCCACGAUGCCACUUACUCGAACCAGUCCAAGGCCGCCGCUAUGGCUGCUGCUGGCCACCAGUUCAACGGCCAUCCCAUGUCCGCUGCUCUUUGGGGUGCCACCAAUCACUUCAUGUUUCCCGGAGGCCACUCCUACCCUGCUGCCGUCCACCAGCACAACCCUGGCCUCUACACUCCGAUGGCUGCUCCGUACAUUCCCCAUGGCUACCAUCAGCAGCAGCAGCACGACAACAGUCCUAUGUCGCAGGCUUGGACGCCCAGCCACACAACUGGCGAAGUCCCGACUCUCAUCACUCCACGCCGUGAUUCCAUCUCAUCCAACGAGAACGACGCCCCUGGCACCCCCUCGUACGCUGGCUACUCUACGUAUCACCAGGUCCCCGGCGUUGCAAUCGUCACCCGUUCCCCAAGCGGCAUGUACACGCAGAGCUCUCCUUCGCCCACUCAAGUCCUCGCCCCCUACGGCAUGCCUUUGUCCAAGAUGGCGGAGCACCGCAGCAUCUCUCCAAGCCUUCACAUGCUUGUGAACAAGGAGCCUCCCAUCCCUCAGGCCAUCCCAGCCCCCAGCUCUCCUUUGAAGCCACUCGACAGAGCUUUGGAGAACAUCCGCGGCGAAACCAAUGUCUACAUCCGUGGUCUUCAUCCUGAGACGACCGACGAGAUGCUCGAAGGCUGGGGCAAGCGUUUUGGCGACAUCCGCAGCUCCAAGUCGAUCAUCGAUCACUCCACCGGCCUUUGCAAGNGGGUAAGUCUGGAAUGUCAUAUCCUUUGGCCGGGCCAUGCUGACGCUGGUGCUUAUAGAUUUGGCUUCGUCAAGUACCACAACUACGAAGACGCCGAGAACUGCAUCCGCGGCUUCCACUACCUGGGCUAUGAAGUCAGCUUCGCCAGAGUAUNNGAAUCUUUCUACUCCAAGCUCAAGACGUUCGCUGAUGAGGGUAACACCAACCUCUACGUUUCCAAUCUGCCCAAGUCUCUGAAUGAGCACGAGCUUGCAUCUGUCUUUACUCCUCACAAGGUUUGCUCGGCCAGAAUCCUUCGCGACAAGAACGGUACUUGUCGUGGAGUCGGCUUUGCUCGUUUCGAGUCCAGAACGGUCUGCGAGGAAGUCAUCAAGAAGUUCAACAACUACAAGGUCAACGUCGGCGGUGAGGAGUACACGAUUCAAAUUCGCUUUGCCGACACCCAGGAGCAGAAGCAGCUCAAGCAGCAGACAGCCGCUGCUCGUCAAUUCCGCUCUGCUGAGUACGAGUAUGCCACUCAGGCCCACAAGGCCGGUUAUUCUUCGAGCCGCGGCUCGUACGUCUCCAACAACGAGUUCGAGACCUACAUGACGACCAGGUCAGUUUGCUCAUAUGCCUCAUCCCACUCGUUAGCUAACACGUUCGUCACANGUGUGCCAGUCCAAAAUCAGCGCUGGUCUCAGUCCGCUCUCCGCAACAUGUCUGGCCGCACUCCUCUUGCUGCUUUGCCAUAUGGCAACAAUAUCCAGUACCCUGUUGUCCAGUCCAACGGAGGCACCAACUCGGAGAACCAGCUUCCUGCUCGCAGUGAGCUUGCUGAUCCCAAGUCGGGCACCAACUCUUCGCCAGCAAUUGCUCGUGGCGACCAGAUUGCCGUGGAGUUGACCACUUCGGACGACCAGAUCUCUUGA